AUGAAGUUAGCUGUUUUCUGUUUCUUGCUGGGAUCGUCUUUAGCACAGCCACAAUUCAAUCCUAAUCCUCUUGGUCUCGGAACAAACAACAACGGUGCUGGUUCUCCAUUCCAGACUCCACAACUUGGAUUGGACCCCAAUUUCGGAGCAUUCCGUACUUUCCAAUUGAGUAAUCCAGUACCUGGAUUUGGUAACCCACAAGCUGCUGGAGUUUCCCAAUCGUCUCAGGGACCUUCAGCUCCACCUUCUAUUUCCCAAAUCCAACCACUCCAUGGGCUCGGACAACUCCCACAGCUCCCACAACAGAAUGGAGCUCAAUCUCAACCUCAAACAUUCUCCAAUGUUCAAUCAUUCCCAUCAUUCAACCAACCUCUCUCACCUCCAUCAUCCAUGACAAGCUUCUCCAUGCCCAACUUGUUCAACUUAGGAACUCCAGCUCCUUCACCAGCUAUCUCUAACUUCUUCCAACAACCUGCUCAAGCUCAGCAGUAUCCUCAGAUGUUUGGCUUACCUCAGUUCCCUGGACUCUUCCACCAACCAUUCCCACAGAUGAAUCUUCUUCCAUACCAGCAACAACAACAGCAAGGAUCAGCAAGUCAACCAUUAGGUGGAUCAAUUUAUUCAAGUGGACAGUUCGGGCAAACCCAACCCCAACAACCACAAACUGUUGGAUUCCAACAACAAACCUUUAAUGGUGUUAUUCCAGUUGAUAACACAGAGAGUGUCGCACCAGUAGCAACCGUUGCUCCAGCUCCUCUUCCAGCUGUUGUGACUGCUUCUCCUAAACCAUUGAACCCCCUGCCUCCAGCCCAAGUCUCUUAUGAACGUAUUGAGCACAUCAAUAGAGGAUCCGUCGCUCAUUAUGUAAGCAAGGAUUCAAGCAGUCCAAAAUCCAAGGAAGAAGUAUCAGCCGCCGAAAUGCCCGGAGAAGAUGUUGGAAAAUACAUGGAGGAGAACGCUGAAGUCACUACUCCUUUUAUGCCAGUAACAGUUGAUGUGAAAACCCUCACCACCACAAUGAAACCUAAGGUUCUUGAUUUCCGAUCAGUUAACAGAGCAUUGAAGGAGGAAGCUAUUCAAAUUGCUGAAAACAUUGAAGCCAAGCAAAGAGAACGCAAAUUCUACAAACUUCAAAAGUACAGAAAGGAAACUGAUCCAGAUGAGAUCGAUGUUCAGAAUAUUCUCUCUAAAGUGAUGGACGCUGUCAUGCCAAUGCAACCCCGAGAAGGUUCGUAA